GGAGUCGAGUCUUACGAGAAUCGCGAUCGAGUGCAUCCGAGAGAACGACGAAACGUUGUGAACACGGACCGGCAUCAAGUAAAAUCGAACACCCUUCGUACGUUAACGAUUUCGAGAGCAAAGAGGGCCAAAAAAUUGCCGAUCGGCAAUCGAACCUGCGAAAAAAGGUCAAGUGAAAAGGAGACUUCUCAGCUACGUUGAUUUCGGAAGAGAUCGGUAACCGAACCGAACCGAUUUUUUUUUUUUUUUUUUUUUUUUUUUUAUUUACCGAUUAACCAACCGAUCUUUCGCGCCGCUUCUCGAACAAGGUACGAUAAGCAAGUGUGCGGCAGCGGCAGGUGGUUGGUUGCGAAUCGGUAGCCGAUCGCGACGGGCAGGCGAGGCGAACGCUCGCCUUCGUCGUCGUUAUCGAGAGUAGUCUCAGGCUCCGGGCUUGGGAAACUAAAACCUGCACUCCAAAGUGCGUCCGGCUCGUGCUCAGUUGUCUCCGAACCCCCGAUCCGUUCGGACGUGACUUACUUACGCUCUGCUCGACGACUCGAGGAGCGAGAGAGACCGUUUUUUUCAUAACGAUUUUACCGCGUAUACUGCACUGCAGCACUGCACAAAACUGCGAGCGUAUUACACGUGUUAUCACCUCGCCGUUUCAACCGAGUGCCAGUAGACGUAUCCGCAUCGCAUAUAUCGUAUAAAUAAUUCGGGGUGAUCCUAAUCCUGUCGUAAUUGUUUAUGACGUUGCCGAUCUUGACUUUGUAUUCGAAUUGUGUGAAUAACCGAUUAAAGUGUGUAUGUCAUCCGCGCCCCGCAGCCCAGAGACAAAAGUAAAACCCGACGCUGGUUCACGAUUUACCGAUCUUCGGACUACUGCAGACUUCGUAAAAAACCCUAAGACGUAGUGAAAACGGAUAAUGGUGGCAUCGCAGAACGACGGCGGAAGAAGUGGAGGCGGAAAUGGGGCCGACGACGACGCGGUUUACACGGUGUCUGUUAGCGGCGGUGGUUACAGAAACGAGGGUUUCAAGGAGGAUGGAAGCGACGGAAUACCACCUGAACCAACGAAGCCACCGCAAAUAGCGCCGCCCGACGACGACACUCAGUCGCGUAAGUUCAAGCUUUCGCGAAGUGAGAAAUGGCGGAUACUGAAGAACAUCGGCGCCGUAUCGGUCGCCUUCAUGGUCCAGUUCACCGCCUUCCAGGGUACCGCGAAUCUCCAAUCAUCCAUAAACGCCAGCGAGGGUCUCGGCACCGUCUCGCUCUCUGCCAUCUACGCAGCCCUUGUUCUAUCCUGUAUAUUCGUGCCCACCUUCGUCAUAAAGAGGCUCACCGUCAAAUGGACCCUAUGCCUGUCCUUGCUGUGCUACGUUCCCUACAUCGGUGCCCAGUUCUAUCCCAAGUUCUACACCCUCGUGCCCGCCGGAGUGCUUCUUGGUCUCGGUGCAGCGCCCAUGUGGGCAGCCAAGGCCACCUACCUCACCCAGGUCGCCGGUGUCUACGCCAAGCUUACCGAUCAGCCCGUUGACGCCAUCGUCGUACGGUUCUUCGGGUUCUUUUUCCUUGCCUGGCAGACAGCUGAACUCUGGGGAAACCUCAUCUCCUCUUUGGUAUUGAGCAACGGAGAGUUCGGCAGCGGUGAUGGAAAUCAUACCGUUAACGAGGACAAGAUCCGGCUUUGCGGUGCUAAUUUCUGCGUCGUCGGUGCCGGAGCAAACGAAGUCGUCGAGAGGCCUCCAGACUCGGAAAUCUACGAGAUAUCGUCAAUUUAUCUAGCUUGCGUUGUGCUCGCGGUGAUAAUAGUUGCUCUAUUCGUCGACCCGCUUUCGAGGUACGGUGAAAAACAGCGAAGAGCCGACAGCCAGGAGCUCAGUGGAAUCCAACUUCUCUCUGCCACCGCCUAUCAGCUCAAAAAACCCUACCAACAACUUCUCAUUCCCAUCACGGUGUUCAUCGGCAUUGAACAGGCCUUCAUCGGCGCUGAGUAUACCCAGGCUUACAUAUCAUGUGCGCUUGGAGUACACAAGGUAGGAUACGUCAUGAUGUGUUUUGGCAUCGUGAACGCCUGCUGUUCUCUCCUCUUUGGAUCCCUGAUGAAGUUCGUCGGGAGACAGCCGUUGAUGGCCCUUGGCGCCGUCGUUCACGCCGUUCUUAUCGGUGUGCUUCUAGUCUGGAGGCCGCAUCCCGACAAUCCUUACAUCUUCUACACCCUUUCGGGUCUCUGGGGAGUCGGCGAUGCCGUUUGGCAGACGCAGGUUAACGGACUUUACGGAACCCUGUUCAGGCGCAACAAGGAGGCUGCCUUCUCAAACUAUCGUUUGUGGGAAAGCGCAGGUUUCGUCGUAGCCUACGCGUACAGCACACAUUUGUGCGAGCGUAUGAAGCUCUACGUGAUGCUGACGGUCCUUUUCCUCGGUAUUAUCGGCUACACAAUAGUCGAGCUUCUUCACAGGCGCAAACAGAAGAGACGCAAGGCGUUGGCCGAGGAUCCAAAAUCGGCCCAGGCUCAGGCCGAGGCCAACAAUCCCGAGGAGACCGACGACGAGAAGGACGACAUAGACGACGACAUAAUCAUCACCCACCUCUGAGUAACGGAUAAUGAGUGAAACACACACACACACACACACACACACACACGCAAGAAAACAGAAAAGAAAAGAAAAUUAAAUAAAUAAAUAAAUAAGUAAAUAAUAAUAACAAUAAUAGUAGCAACAACAAUGAGAAGAUGAAAAAGAGACGAGUAUAUUAAUACAUGCGUACAUAAUUGAUCGUUGUAUACUCAUAAAAAAAAAAAAACAAACAAACAAACAAACAAACACACACACACACACGCGCGAGUUUAUACGAGAAAUUAUACACAACGCAUGUAUAAAUAUUUUAUUUAUAUACCUAUGUGUAACCCGCACGCAUAUUUUAUAUAUGUAUAUAUGUGCACCUUAAAUGAAGAGACCCUGGAGCGAUUUUAUUCUACUACAUUUAUAUUCAUCGUUCAUAGUGCGUCGUCGUUGUUACAAUCAUCAUCGAUCGCUGUAUUCAUCUUCGUUAUCGUCAUUUUUUUUUUUUUUUUUUGUUGUUUUCUCAUUCGCGGCAUCGAUGAUCAUCCACGUUAUAAAGAGGCAGUUUUUUCGCAACCCUCGGAUUAAUCUCGGACCGCGAUUAUGAUCAGUAUUUCGUAUAUAUGUAUAUACAAAAAUGAAAAAAAAGUAAAAUAUAUAUAAAAAGAAUAAAAAUAAAAUAAAAGUAAAAAAUAAAGAGGGGUAAACGAAUAAAUGAAAAAAAAAAAAAAAUGUAUUUUCAUCGGUGUUACACGAGAAUUGUUGUUGUAUGUAUAUUAUAGAUAGAAAUUAUAUAUUAUAUAUACUCAUUUUUCUACCGUCAAUCCCGAUUGCAGGUAGAUUUUUCUUUGGCAGUUUUGUUUUCGAUGAAACGUCGCUUUUCUUUCCUCGCUAUGAACACGAAAUAAACAUUUAUUUCUUAUCCGUUCUAUGUUAUACUAUCAAUGAUCUGAAAACACGUGGAAUCCCUCGACUCGAUACAACUUUGUACAAAGUACGAAAUGACAACGAGAAUCGUGCGUUGUAUGUUAAAUUAAUUUCAACGUUUGACAAGGUGUAUCGAAAGAGAAGGAUGGAGAUGAUCAAAAUUCCCAAAAUUCAAUUCAAAAUUAUCAAACGAGGUGCUCCAACAAAAAAGCAGGAAUAAAAAAAAAAAAAAAAAAAAAAAAA